AAAGGACUUCCCAUAUUUGGCUGCAGCUUCCUGUGACAGCCCGGCGCCCCAUGAUGGUGUGCAUUUCGAGCGUGUGGCAGCGGUGCUCCGCGUUUGCCGCGCGGCUCCAAAAGAAGCACUGGGGGUGUAGUUUAGCAAGCCUUUCAGCCAGGUACUACAGCACCAAGACGGCACGUCAGAUACCAGGCAUGGAGUACCAGGAUGCCAUUUGCACUCUGAACACACUACAGACCAAUGCUAGUGCUCUGGAGGAGGUACGACGAGAGCGGGGCAACCCUCAGUUGCAGCUCCAGGCCAUGAGAGGAUUUCUGGAACGAGCCGGCCUAACAGUGGAGGAACUAGACCAUCUCAAUAUCAUUCAUGUGACGGGAACAAAGGGCAAGGGGUCAACCUGUGCGUUUACUGAGCACAUGUUAAGAAGAUAUGGUUUCCGAACUGGAUUUUACAGUUCCCCACAUUUGGUUCAAGUCAGGGAGAGGAUUCGAAUCAAUGGACAGCCCAUUGGAAAAGAGCUCUUCACUAAAUACUUCUGGCAGGUUUAUGGACGGCUGGAUGAAACUAAGGAUGCCCAUGGAGGGACGAUGCCGGCAUACUUCCGUUUCCUCACCAUCUUGGCCUUCCAUGUGUUUCUUCAGGAGAAGGUGGAUUUAGCUGUAAUUGAAGUUGGGAUUGGUGGAGCAUAUGACUGCACCAACAUUAUAAGGAGGCCGUGGGUGUGUGGCAUCUCCUCUCUGGGUAUAGACCACACUCAGAUUCUUGGAGACACCAUUGAAAAGAUCGCCUGGCAGAAAGGAGGCAUCUUCAAGCCAGGAGUUCCUUCCUUCACAGUCAAACAGCCAGAAGAUGCAAUGGUUGUGCUCCGGAACAGGGCCAAAGAGAUGAGGUGUCCCCUGUGGGUGUGUCCAGACCUGGAGGACUACCAGACAGAUUGUGGACCAUUGCGUCUGGGCCUGGCAGGGCAGCAUCAGCAGUCCAACGCCUCCCUGGCCCUCCAGCUGAGUCACACUUGGCUGCAGAAACGAUGUCUACCAGAUAAAAGCUUUUCAUCCACCAGUGUUGAGAACACGGGUGUACUUCAAGUGACUACCUUCAAGCCCAGCCCCAUCAUGAUAAAAGGGCUGGCAGACACGGAGUGGCCUGGGAGGAAUCAGACUCUGAAACACGGAGCAGUCACCUACUUCUUGGACGGAGCUCACACCAUGCGCAGUAUGCAGGCCUGUGUAGAAUGGUUCAGAGAGACUGCAGCCCAGCACGAAAGCAAUGCAAGUGGACCUGUGGCCAGAGUUUUGCUGUUCAAUGCCACAGGAGAGAGAGACUCAGCAGCCAUGAUUAAACUACUGGUGCCAUGCCAUUUUGACUUUGCUGUGUUCUGUCCAAACAUCACUGAAGCCAUCGCUUCUUGUAAUGCAGACCAGCAGAACUUCAAUGUCUCGGUGGAGAACAUGUUGACUCGCUGCUUGGACAACGAGAGGAGCUGGCAUCUCCAUAACAGCCUGGGGGAUAACAAAGGUACACCGCUGCUCAUUGAGGACAGCCUGCCCCUUGGCUCUGAAAAGAGAGCAGACAGCCUGGUGUUCCCCUGCAUCCUCAGUGCCCUCCAGUGGAUCACCCAGGGCAGGGAUUCAGUGCUGGAAGACCCAGCCAAGAGAGUCUUAUCUGUUAAACCCAGCGUCCUGGCCAAAGCUGUUGCGCUCCGCGAUGCAGCCGAGAUCCACAUCCUCGUCACUGGAAGCCUCCACUUGGUGGGAGGAGUACUCAAACACCUCGACCCAGCUUCCUCAAAGUAAACGGAUCACGUGAAGUUUGUGAAUUCAAAACCGUUGAAAUAAUGGAAUGCUCUGCUGGCCUGUGCAUUUACCUUGUUGGAAGAAAAAUGAUUUCUGUCUGUUUAGAUGAGGUUUUUGUGGUACAGUGACUUUAGGUGUUAACCUGAAUGGGCUUAGCUGCACCCAGGUUUUGUUAUCUUGUAGCUUUUCUACAGUGGCUAGUUCUAGGAACCUGUAAGUUUGGACUAAGGCAGCUCCGCGCCUCACAACAUCCCCAGUUUCACCCAGAGCCUUACAGACUGCUGCACAAAUGUGUGGAGCUAAUGUCUUUAGUCUUACUUGAAGCCAAAUGUUUACAAAGUGUACAUUCAUGAACACCACAAUGUGAGCUGAGUGAGCUAACUGUGUGUGUGUGCUUCAGUGAUCAUUAAUGCCCCCAGGAUGAACCAGAGUGGUGUGAUGGUUAUUACAUAACCUUUCCAUAAAAGUUGUAGAUUUAUGACAGCAAAAUGAGUUUUCUGGUUUUUACUAUCUAUUUGAAACACUAUUAUCUUUUACAGUAUUUUUUUUUUUAUUGAAGAAAGCCAUUUUGCAUAGUUUCUUUUUGACAAUGUCCUUCAUACACAUGGCCUACUCUCUUCUUUUUGUAGAAGUGGAAAUAUUACGUUAGAAUCAGAUGAAUUCAUGUAAUCAAAUUUUGUCUAAUCUAUUUUACACUGGAAUUAUAGUGAAAAUGGUCCUUAAUGCAUAAUGAUUAAAUUAUUUGACUGUACUACAUACGUCAUUGUACGUAUAAUGGUGAAAAUUAUUAUUAUUAUUAUUAUUAUCAUCCUGGUCUUUAUGUUGUCAUGUUCAGUGAAACCUACCAAUGUCUUAAGCUGUACACGUAUUUCAGAUUCACCCUGCAACCUCUAAUUUGAGUUUUAAAUCUUUUUUUAGUUUUUAUCAAAUAAACAACACUGACCGUUCAUGUGGAAACAUCAAGAAUGCACUUAAAUGGAAUUGGUCAUGGCUGGCAUCUUAAAUAUGAGUAAAUUAAAAAAUACGGAAAUUGUGUCUA